GAAGAAGAAAGCGGAGGAAGAAGCGCACGAAGAAGAAAAAGAAGACCGUUGCGUUUUUCGCUCGUCGUGCCUCCAUCUGCAAAACUCUUCUUUUCCGUUCAUUAACAUCUUAAUUAUGAAUUAUUUAACCUGAUUAUUUACGUGAAAUGUUAAGCCUUUUUCCCCUGGAGCACAUAUAACGGAAUUGUACCUUUUAUAAUUAUUAUUGUAAUUAUUAUAAUAAUUAUUAUUAUUUUCUUCGCUCGACCUCGUAGUUUUUUUGGAGCGGAUUUGACAUCAUCAUCAUCAUCAUCAUCAUCAUCACCUGGAGGCCAGACCAGGAGAUUCACUUUGGAUGCAUCACCCGAAUUCAGUCGAUUAAUCGAUUCCUCGUUUGAUUCUGUUCGAUCGAUUAACAGAAUCAGAUGCAGCGAGAACGGGCUCGCGCACACCGGCGUGGUUGACAUGGCAACGACUUAUUCAGCGGCCCGGAUUGUUUCGAUGCAUAAAAAUCUAAUCUAGAAUAAUCAUCGUUAAUCUCCAUGUGACUUCGCACCAGUGUGUAGUUCAGCCCAGCUAUCUUCAGCUGGCUUCUUUCUCUUUUCAUCGUUCUUCAUUUGCACCCGCUGUUGCGCAGUGUGCUUGUAGCAGAAUGGCCCCGCUGGUUGAAAAGCUGCGCAGAUUUGGGUGGAUUCUCAUCAAAGCUCUGCUGCGCUUCACCUUCAUGUUCAUCAAUAACUGCGUGGCGAUUCCAUCAUACUGCUUGUAUUUGAUCGUCUUACAGCCACUGAGGAUGGUGCACAGCUCUGCUUUCUGGCACAUCGAGGGCGUCAUGUUCAGGUGGCUACUUGCCAUGGUGGCAUCAUGGGGCUGGUGUGCAGGAUACACAGUGACGGAGUGGGGCGACGAUGUGAGGCCUAUAACUGAAGAUGAAGCCAUGGUCAUCGUCAACCAUCAGGCCACCGGGGACGUCUGCACUUUAAUGAUGUGCUUACAGGAUAAAGGAACGGUGGUGCGGAAGAUGAUGUGGUUAAUGGACCAUGUGUUUAAAUACACAAACUUUGGCCUGGUGUCUCUGAUCCAUGGAGAUUUCUUCAUCAGACAGGGCAAAGCACAUAGGAACAAACAGCUCAUUUACCUGAAGAGUCACCUAGACAAGUAUUACUACAGUCGAGACAGGAAGUGGAUAGUUCUGUUUCCUGAGGGGGGCUUCUUGAGAAAAAGGCGAGAGACGAGUCAGUCAUUUGCCAAGAAGAAUGACUUACCCCACUUAACACACGUGACACUGCCACGCCUCGGUGCCACUCAGGUAAUCCUGAAGACACUUGGACCACAGCAGGAGAAUGGCAUGCUGGGAAAUGACACCGGCUUGUCAGCACGGAAAGGUAGUAAAUCUAGAGGCCUGCAGUGGGUAGUGGAUAUGACAAUAGCAUACCCUGAAGCCAAACCCAUGGAUAUCCAGACGUGGAUUUUUGGCUACAGAAGUCCCACUGUCACGCACGUGCACUACAGGAUCUUCCCUGUAAGAGAGGUGCCAAUGGAGAUGGAGGCUCUAACAGACUGGCUCUAUCAAAGGUUUGUGGAGAAGGAAGAACUUCUUGCUCACUUCUAUCAGACAGGAGUGUUCCCUCCAUCAAACGGUCAGAGUCAGGCUGUCUCUCGGGCGAUGACACUGGACAUUGCAUGGCUGUGCGCUGUCCAGUCGUUUGCCUUCAUCUCAGGCUACAUGUGGUACAGCGUCCUUCAAUACGUCUACUGCUGGUUCUGCUCAUUGCUGUGGUGAAUAGAGAGGGAGAAAGGGAGGAGGGAAAGAGAGACAAUGAUGGAGGGAAAAAAAAGGAACAGCCAUCGAAGCCGAUCUUGGAUUUGUUGAAAUGCCACAGAUGCUGGCUUAACUCACUGGCAAGAUGAUCAUGAAGGAAAAAUGUAUUUGAUCCUAGAUCCCAAACCUGCACCCCAUUUGGGCUGACACACACACACACACACACACACACACACACACACACACACACACACACACACACACACACACACACACACAAACACAGGUAUGCAGACACACACUCAUGCACACAUGCAGUUCUGCAAUAUGAACAUACAUUCAAAGAAAUAGGUGAACAGUGACAUCAUGUUUACACAUGUACAUGUCCAUAUAAAUAUAUAUAUAUAAAAUUCUAUAUCUCAAUGUUUACUCAUGCACAUGCUGACACGUUUUAAUUUUAAUUCCAAUCAUAAAUUAGGCUCAGGAAUAAGCCAAUUUCAUUCACCUGCCAUCAGUAAACACUGUCUUGCUUACGUUUAUGUCGUGAGGAGAACGUCCUGCAAACAUCCCGAAACGGAUUGUGCUCUGGACUUCCUGACGUCAUUUCUGUCCUCCCCUUUUCCUGCUUUUCCUUCGUUGUCCUGUGUGCUGUUUUUGUCUCUGUGUCUAGACAGUAUUGCAAUUUGCUCACGUUUACACUGGACGCUUCUCCGGAUGAUCUCCAAUUCACCCUCUGUCUCAGUAUGGGACCGCUCCAUAUCUCACACAUUUCAUAACACUGAACUGCUUUCAAGUAGAGAUAAAAAAACAAAAGGAAAAAAAAAAACUCCUCUUUGUCACCCUAGUUGAAUUCAUGUUGGUGUUUUACAGAUAUAAUUAAGCCAUAUGUUUUGUGUGUGAGGACUGAAACUGGAAAGGACUCACUGUUGUCUGAAUGAAGUGUGAAAUUAGGCUCGAGGUGUCAUUACUGUAAAUUUAGAACAGCGUAACCUGCCGAAGUGUGCCGGUCAACUUUUUUUUGUUGUUUUUGUUUGUUUGUUUGAUUGUUUGAUUGAUUUUUUUAAGAUUAAUAUCUGUUUGCUAUUUGUACUCUCAGUGCUAACUGCAAAUUACUGUUCAUUUUAAUUUCUUUUUUCUUUGUUUUCUUUUAUAAAAAUUAUUAUUAACGUGAACAUUUGGUAUUAUAAACGCUGAGAUAGAAUCCAUGACGUGACCGCAGCAUUUCCAUUGUUUUCAGUUUCAAAAUAUCCUAAUUGUUAAGAUGGAAGGAUAAAAAAAACAAAAUAUAACGGUACCCCUCUGUGCUGGUGUUUCUAGAAAUCUCUUUUUCUGCGGUUUAAAGAAACAAAAACGUGUGCGAGCCUGUUUAAUCUGACCGGCUGCAGUUUACUUCAUAUUAAUGCAACCUGCUUGGUUUUCUCACAUCAAUGAUGAUGAUUGGUGAUGAUGAUGGUGAUGAUUAUUUUUUUAUUAUUAUUAUUAUUGCUUUCUAUUAUGACAGUGCUGUUUGUUUGACUCUUAUUCAUAAUAACCUUCUGCUUUCUGUGUCAUGUGACUCUGUCUUUCAGUUCUGGCCUGAACUGUAUUGUACACACUGUUCCCCUUUACACCAAAUGAAGUCAAAUAGGCAAGACUAGUUUGGCGUCUGAAGCUGAAGUUUGCUUGUUUACUUUCAAGUCAGGAUCAUUUAUCAUUUGCACAGGAUGUCAAGGCAUAUGUUUAAAGUAAGCUCAAAAGUGUGUGUGUGUGGGGGGGGGGGGUUGGGUUGGGGGUGUGUGUGAGAAAGAGAGAGAGAGAGAGAAUGUGUGUGUGUGUGUGUGUGUGAGAGAGAGAACCCUUCUAAUGGUGAAAUUCUCUACUAUAUAUAGUUCUGACAGCAGGCUUUCUGCAGUACAUGUGAAUUGCAGGAGACAUGCUAACAGCUAGUAUCUGAUUACAAAAUAAAUUGAUUACUUUUCAGCCUCUUUCAGUUAUCAAAAAAUUACUCAACCUGUGACUGACACUUUGUGAGGAAAUGACAGCUGGCAAGUAUUUUGACAUCGUUCGACAGAAUGAAGCAAUCGUUAAACAAGUUACUUCCCCACUAAAAAUAGUGAGAUUAGAAUGUGAAUAAAAAUAUUUCUGUUUUAUCAGGACUUAAGAAAGCAGAUCUCAAACCGCAUUACAUAUCAUAGCUGUAGCUGGAAUGUGCCAUAUGCUAAAGAACUGAUAUUUACAUGUGGAAUUCCGGCUGUGCUAGAAAUCAGGAUAUCCACAAGUCAUGAAACAGAUGUCGUAGCUGGGACGACUUUUGACUGGCGUGCCGCACUUCGACCUGCCGCAGUGUCACAUCAUCAGUCUACAUGCAGUGCUUCGUGCACUAACGGCAGCAUUUACUUUCGAUGGAGGACUGUCAGACAUGGAAGUCUCGUUAUGUUUCGUUGUUAUAAAACAGGAAGUUAUCAGAUAAGCGUCAAGCUCAUCACAAUGAUGGUUAAUACUAACAUCCUUCAAAGGAAGUGUUUAUAAGCAAAAUAGCAAUGAAAUGUUGUGAGAAACCUGUAUUGAAACAUGCAUCAUACGCCAACUGAUGAUUAGUGAAUAGUCUGAAGAGUAGGGUUUGUGCAAAUACAUUCAUGGUGUCUAAGCACAGUCAGUUGAAAAACAAGGAAGAAGACAGUAAAGAGGAAGAAAAGCCAGCUGGUUUGCAUCUCACUGAUGCACUCAUUAAGGGCUUGGAUUCUCCAAGAUUUGGAAUUUUCUGCUCUUCCACAUCAUGUAGGUUUGAGGAUUGAGGAAUUUUUUGUUAAAAGUAAUUCAUCUGGUGAUGUACUUUACUAUUAUUUCAGUAUUGUUUUACUUAUGCUGUUGUUGCCGGGUUAUGUUUAUGUAUGAUGAUAAACUGAAACGUAUAAGAUUGUUUUUGUCAGCUGCGUUUGUGACACUAACUAUAACGUCUCGCGCCAGCGCACAAAAAAAGAAGCAAACUUCAGACACCAAACAUUUCUUGCUCUAUUUUCUACAAGGGGAUCAUUGUAUGCAAUUUAUUUAUGUUCCAUUAAUGCCCUUUUGUUGACUUUUUCCUUUGUCCUACUGUAUGUGGUCUUGCCAAGUUGCAUUAGUUGUUUGCACAGAUGGAGGUUUUGGAUCAUUUUAAAUAUAAUUUCUUUGUUUUGUUUGUUUUUUUUCUCUCCCCGUUUUUAUAUAUAUAUAUACAGCAUCACCUGCCAUUUUCACUGUUCUGAAAAUGAAAAUUUGUUAAGACUGCAGGAAUACCUUUUAGUGAAGUUCUGCUCCUCAGGAUUCAACCAAGUGAAAGUGGCAUGAGGAUAUUUUAAAAAAAUAACAGUAUUGGAACAGGCCUGUGACUAGAUAUAGAGUAGAUGGAUCAGCCAGGGUUAAAUUUGACCUAUGAACUAUCAGCAUGUAGUAAUAAUGAGAAGAAGCUUCUGUGUUGUCUAAAUAAAACUGUCCUUCGUCUAGCAAUAAGGUGCAAAAUAGGAAGCAGUUCAGCUUACAAACCACUAGACUAAUUAACAGACCAGAGCUUGCCUAAAUGUGCCACUUGUGGGAGUGUGUUUGUGUUUCUGCCUAGCUUGCUGAAGUCUGAAAUGAUUAUAUGAUGAGUGUAUGAUGCAGCUUCACAUGGGGAAAAAAAGAAGAAAAAAAAAAGACGCGGAAUACAUUCACAGCCGUUCGGACUGAUGAACAUGCAAGGACUUCCAUCAAAAAGAAAAGGAAAGGGAACUCAACCCUCUUCAUGUCAUAACUGUCUUUUUUUUUAACUUUUGUUUUUGUUUUUAGGAAUUUUAACAAAUUAUGCUAGACUGGUCUUUAGUUUUCAUUUUGUACUCCUGUUGCCCUUCUCUUUCCAGCUGCCCAGCCAUUUUACAACACAGUUUAAUUGUGCUGGAAUAAAAAUGAUAAAUAUCAAUGAAA